AUGAAUCUGAGGAGAACAAUGAAUGGUCGGACUCGUAAUGUGUCUCUUCAAAACCAAGUUAUCUUGUUAUUCUACACUAAUCAAAAAGGACGUGCACAUUCCUGUGAUAGUCAUUGCUCCCGGAUCGUUCAAUACGCUGUUUCUGAAAUUUGCUCAUGCGGCCACAUUCGUUCGAGGCGUCAAUUUCGGGCUUUUCCU